AUGAAGCUGUCCCUGCUGUCGCUGGUGACCUUUAUUACGGCCGCUGUGGCGGACCUGGACCCCAUCGUUAUCAAGGUAGACCCGUUCCGUGGCUCCAAAUUCUUCUACUCUAGCAAUGACACUCAAUUCUACCUCCGUGGCGUUGCCUACCAGUACUCCAACACCGAGGACCCUCUGGCCGACGCCACGGCUUGCGAGCGUGAUGUCCCGUUGAUGAAGGAGCUGCGCACCAACGUGAUCCGUACCUACUACAUCAACCCCGAUGCCGACCACACCAAGUGCAUGCAGCUGCUCUCCGACGCUGGUAUCUACCUGAUCUCCGAUCUGUCUUCUCCGAACGUCUCCAUCAACCGUGCCGACCCCGAGUGGCAGGUCAGUCUGUACUCGCGCUAUACCGCUGUCAUCGACGAGCUGCAACAGUACAACAACACGAUUGGAUUCUUCGCCGGCAAUGAAAUCUCCAACACCGUCGCGACCACCGACGCGAGCGCCUACGUCAAGGCCUCGGUCCGUGAUAUGAAGAGCUACAUCAAGCAGAAGGGCUACCGAUCCAUGGGUGUUGGCUACGCCACGGCCGAUGUGUCGAACAUCCGUGUCAACCUGGCCAACUAUCUUGACUGUGAGAGCGACGACCAAGCUAUUGACUUCUGGGGCUACAACAUCUACUCGUGGUGCGGUAACUCCACCUACCAGGAGUCUGGCUAUAAGGCUCGCACUGAAGAGUUUCGCAACUACACUGCCCCGGUCUUCUUUGCUGAGUACGGCUGCAAUGAGGUCACUCCUCGCGAGUUCACUGAGGUCAAGGCUCUGUACGGUGAUACCAUGGCGGAGGUAUGGUCUGGUGGUAUUGUAUACAUGUACUUCCAGGAAUCCAAUGAUUAUGGUCUCGUCUCUGUCAUCGACAGUACCAGCGUCAGCAAGAUGAAGGAUUUCACCUCCUACUCCGACCAAAUCGCCAGCGCCAACCCCACCGGCACCAACAAGGCCUCGUACACUCCCACCAACACCGCCCUCCAGCAAUGUCCCACCGUCGCCACCUCCAGCUGGCUCGCCAAGGCCACUCCGCUGCCCCCAACUCCCGACUCCAACCUGUGCGGCUGUAUCUACGACGAGUCCGCCUGCGUACCCGCCGACGACCUGAAGGAAGCCAAAUACGGCACUCUGCUCGGCGUCGUCUGCGGCUACACCGACUGCAGCGGCCUGAACUCGAACGCGACGACCGGCAAGUAUGGCGCGUACAGCAUGUGCGGCGUGAAAGACCAGCUGGCCUUUGCCCUGAACAAGUACUACACCGAGCAGGAUAAGGCGGCGACCGCAUGCUCGUUCUCUGGCUCUGCCACGACUAAGGCGACCACAUCUGCCACUGGCACUUGCUCUUCGCAGAUUAAGGAGGCCGGCACUGCCGGCACUGGAACCGUCACUACUGAGAGCACUGCUACCGCUGGCUCGGACUCUUCUUCCAGCUCGUCGACCUCGUCCAGCUUUGCUGUUCCAGCUAGUGUCCACUCGAGUGUUUCCGUCGGCUCGUUACAGGUUGCUGCGUAUGUGGCGACUGCUCUCCUGGCUGGUAUUGGUAUGAUUGCUCUGUAA